GGACCGGAAUUACUGCAUUUUGUCCGAAAUCCGACCGAUAACCGUCGGGUGAGCCGAACCCGGACCGAUUUGGGAAUCUCGUCGAAUUGAUUUGUUUUAGAUGAAGCUGCUAACUCACAACAUGCUCUCCUCGAACAUCAAAGGCGCGGCCAACGGCUUCCCUCUCCGCAUUGAGGUGGAGAAGGCAACAGAGAAGCAAGUGGAGUUAAACGCCGGCUUCCUCCGAAACGUGUUCCCCAUAAUCGAGUGGAAGGCCCUCGUAGAUGCUGCCCAGCUCCCUGAGGUGGCCGACUCGUCCAUGCUCGACUCCGACAACUUCUUGAACAAGUUCCACAACGCCCUUCUGGAGCUCCACCUUGAGAAGGACGCGCUCGUUUGUCCCGAGACCGCUCGGCGCUUCCCGGUCAGUCAAGGAAUUCCCAAUAUGCUGCUUCUUGAAGACGAGGUCUGAAUCUGGUAAGGUUACUUAAUUAAGAGACUUUUGUUUCCUCUUC